CAGGACAAGUUUGUUGUCUGCUCUGAGCUACCAGUCCUGCCAGGGGCUCCAGGCCCAACUAGGUCCCAUCCUUUUGGAGUAGCUGCUUCAGAGUAAGUGCUGUAAUGCACUAUUCCCAGGAAAGCACCACGCCUCAGUAAUCAAGAGAGCCAUGGAAGACAGAGCCAGUCAGCAAGAGCAGGAGACACCCAGCCCUCGUCUGGAAAAGCUACAGCACUGGACAAGGCACAGGCAGAGUGGGCACCUCUUGGUGCUGGCGAUGAGCCAACUAUGGCUAGCAGUGGCUGUGGUGCCCGUUGCUAUCUCACUUGCCUGUCUGAGCUCUGCUUGUCACAUGGCCACAGCACUGCCCCUUGGACCUGGAGCAUUGGGUUUCCUCACUGGGACUGUUACCCUUGAGCUGUGCAGAGCACCUCGUCUUUGGAAGGUGCGGGCCAUGAUGAUAUUGAACACCUUCAAUCUGAUCUUUGGCCUCAUCGUGGUGGUGGUUGAGGUAAUGAAGACAGCCUUGGGGCCUGCUGUUACUGCUUCCUCCAAGGUCCAGCUGGACGGAUUGCUGGUGCUGGAGCUCAGUGCCGAGGCCUUCACCCUAGGAGAAGUGCUGGUCUCAGCACAUUCCCUAUUCCUGUUGACCCAGAGGAAGCCAGGAUGCUGCAGGAGACAGAGUCUGCACUACCAGGAACUGCAGGAGGGUCCCUCUGAGUUGGAGGAAGUUACUGAUUUGGAGAAUGGUUCCACGGUGGCUAGCACAGCAAACCGAACAACUGAAUGAGCUGGUAAGAGCAGCAGGCCGGUACUGCUCUUCUACCGUGUGGGAGAGUUCUCCAGACCCUUCGGCACCCCACCCACCAAAUUCAGAAGUUAGAUGGAGUCCCUUGAAAUCUACUUGAAGUUGGGUGGAAUGCCUUCAAUUUCCACUCAGACCUGAAUAAUUUCUCUUCUAGGGGAAGCUAAUACCUAGACCAGAUUCUUCUGUCCCCUCACCGCCCUGAAAAGCUGCCCCCUUGCAGGGCAUCCUUAAGCCAACUUUCAGCUUCCUCCCUUCCAUUCUUACCCACCUCCUCCCCACACGGAUUCGUAUCUUCCUCAUCUCACUAUUUCUCUUCUUUCCACCUUUUAUCAUCCCAUCCACUCCAAGCCCGAGUUCCCGGGCACGCCCACUCUCUGAAAUCAAUCCUUGGGUGUUUCACUUUCUCCCCCAGACCCGGUUCCUUUCUUACUCCAGCGGAGACUACAAGUCCCGGGAUGCCCCGCUACCCCCGUGGCCUGCUGGGAAAUAAACCUUUUCUUUGCGGUGA